GGCCUCUGGCCAUUGUGCUAGACGGGCUUUUGUUGGGCCCUCAUUCCCUCGUGGUAGCUGUCCUUUAUCCUGUGGCUUUUUAUGCUUCUUUCUAGCACAGCAUUUCCAGCCAGCUCCCGAGGCACAGCAUUCUGUAUAGUUUUGUUAAGGCUUGUUUCAGCUGUGCGAAACGAAUGCUUUCAAGUUUAACUCGGGGAUCUCAAACAAGAGGGGAAAAGAGGACAGAAGCUGGAAAGAUACUAAAAAUACAAGAAAAAUACAGGCCCGGUACAUACCCCUGGGUGCCUGAAGGCUAAGCCAGAAGGAGUUUAAGGGGAGCCUUUGGUAUUCAUGUGCCUGUUUCCAUGCUGAUAAUACACAGCGAAUCAGGAUUUGCAAGCUGGCCAACCACUAGGUCUCUGCUUCACAUGAAUAUGUUAUGUUCAUUCCUUGGUGCGUAAUUUUAGAGUAAAUCACCUUUUAUAUGACAAUUAAACGGAGCUCUGGUUUGUAUUCUUCACAUGGCCUUUUCCUUUGUACCACUAACAGAUGUGAGUUUUCUAGGGUUGACGUGGGAAGAUCCAAAGUCAACCAGAGAAAGAUUUGAAAUGUUAGAUGCAGAGGAACCUAGGUCCUUAGUCAGGGACUUCCUCUUUGAAGUUGCAGCCUGUUGACAAGAGCUUGUGCAAGGUUGGAUUCAAUUUCUUUAGCCAUGUUUUGGGAGGACUUGCCACUGUGGAGCCUGAGUUUUGCUGAAGGGUUGUGAAAUGGAGAAUCUUGAACUACUUAAUCAAUUUUAAAAUGCUUUCCUGUUGCCCCUGAGAUAAUCUGCUGUCCUGUUUAAAUGCUGCCUAGGAAAGUUUGGGGGUGUAAUCAGUGCAUUUGCGAGGUGGACAAAGUUUAAACAUGGAUAUCUGUACAUGUGUGGAUAGGCAGGCAAGUUUCCUCAUAUGUACAAGCCCUUAACUGCUUGUCUUUCAAAUGGCCAUCUCCUCAUGCAUUAUUGAUGAAAAGGAUGGUAAUGCUGGUAUUUAACCUGUCACUGGCACUUAGAAUUAAGAUGUAAUCCAUAAAUCUGCAAAGGAGACGCUGAGCAAGAACCUCACAACAUUGUGUUGGUUUAUUUGGUUUCACAACUCUGUAAUUUCUUUGGUUUUUAUGCACUUAGAGCCCAAUAGGAUGGCUGCAGGUUAAGGACCUUGAGUCACAGAAACAUAAUCUAAACUGAUUCAUGAGCUUGGUGCUAGGAAGUCAGUUUCCAUGUAGUCUUUUUCUACAAAUGAAGUGUUAAGGAUUUUCUCUGGUAGAGGGAGCUUGAUUUUAUUUAUAAACAUGCUUGCAUUUCUUGUCAUGUUUGUAUUUCAGCAAGAACGGAUGGUAAGCAUCAAAAUAAAUCUCAGCAUUGGCAGCUGUUCUUUUCAUUUUCGACUUUUGUCCGUUUCAAGAAGGCGUGUAAUGGUUUCAGGGCUAAUGAACAGAGAUUUCCAAAGGUACUUCCAUAGGUAAUAACAGUCGCCUCUGAAGUAGGCAGACAGCUUUGAGGUGAGACAACAAAUUGUCACAUAGACAUUGAGUUUCACAGGAGUGGGUGAUGGGAACUGAGUCAAAGGGGGGAAAAGAAGAAUGCAGUGAACAAUUGGAUAAUAACUCGUCUUUCCUGAUCUGAUGGUCCCGAGCCAUCCUCUCUACUGUGCUGAGAUGCUCCUGGAGUAACGCACCCCUUUCUUUUGGGUGUGCCGUUUCCUGGGCACGCCUGGUGGGACUGGGCAGGUUGGAACUGCCGUAGCCAUGGUGAUUGGAUGGUGAGCAGGGUCUCAGUCUGCAUCCUUGCUUUUCAGAGCUCAGUAAUUGCUUAGAGGUCGCUCUGUGCCCUGCAGAAGCAGAGGGGAAGGGGCUGUGGGUGCUGCGCUUGAGCUGUUGGGGCAGCAGGCAACCAGGAGACAGGGGCUGCGGUAACUGUCACACACACUCUGAAUCUGGAGGCAGGACUGCUGGCACCAUGCAGGGCCGCAGGGCAGACAUGAACCAGCAGAUCCAGGAGCUGCGCAACAUCAUCGCCUUGCAAGAGCAAGGGAAAAAGUUUUCCAGGCAGUUGUGUGAGGAAAAGCUAAGCCAGAACAGAAAUCUGCUUUCCCAGCUGCAUGGGAUAUUGAGGGAGGACAUCCACGCGCUGGACGUUGCCCAGAAGCAUGACCAGCGCAUCAUCUCUGAGUUUUGCAGAGCGCAGAAGUACUUGUGUGGCAAAACUGUGCAGGGGGCCCGAGAGAAGCUCCGAAGCAGCAUCUUUGACCGGGUGAACACCUGCAAUGCACUGCUGCACGAGGUGAGGCAGCGGAGCCAGGCCCGGGAUGUGCUGCAGUGGCGGCUGCAGCAGCUGCUGGACAUCAGGAUCGAUGACAAGCAGCACCAGGAGCAAGUGCAGAUGAUUCGCCAACUGGAGAACAACAUUGAGAAGAUGCACAUGAAAAUCCACGCCGGGCAGAAGGUGACGGCGCUGUACCUGGCACUGCAGGAUGUCCUUAAGAGGGAGCUGGACUAUCUGCUUUUGCAUCUGGAGCUCCUGCAUAUCAUGGCCGGGGCAUACCACGGGGAGGUGCAGGACAGGGAGCUGAUGGCUUCGGAUGCUGUCAGAGCCAGCGACAUCACCAAGAAGGACCUGGCCAUGCUGGAAGCCCAGUUCUUGGCGGAGGAGGAGCUCAGACACCGCACCCUGUCUGCCCAGAAGGUGCAAACCGACUGGCUGUGGCUCAAGGAGGCGAGCAAAAAGCACUCGAGAGCGCAAGCCAGGUAUGACCUGGCUGUGGACUUCCCCUCCCUGCUGAUGCAGGACUCGGCGCUGGGCUCCCAGGUGCAAGCCACCAGGUCGCAGAUCGAGCACGAGUCCUUUGUGACGGCGGAGGUGGAGAAGGCCAAGGCUGCAGUGCAGUGCUCCCGCGUCUGGGACAUCACCAGCAGGCUGCUGGCACAGCAGAAGUCCACGGCAGAGCUGGAGCAGCACAUCAGGGCCUGCAAGGAGAAGCGGCGGGCACUGAAGGACACGCUGCAGGAACUGGAGCUGAAGCAUGCAGAGCUGAAGUUCCACCAGCCCCCGAGUGCUAUCAGCUGCAGGAAGCUGGAGGCAGAGCUGCGGGUGCGCCUGCAGCAGGAGGAGGCCCGGCUGGAGCAGGCACGAGCCCAGUAUGUGAGCAACCAGGAGCUGCUGCUGCAGUUUGAGAAUGGCAUCGACAACCUCGUCAUCCGUCUGCAUGGCAUCAACGUGCCUGAGCAGGAUGUCUCCGUUGAGUUCAAAGGGGUGGAUGAGAAGCUGCAGUACUGCAGGCAGAAGCUGCAGCACCUGGCCCAGCGCGUGGCCUCCCUGCCUGCUCACACCUACAGCCCCGACGAGGACAACGAGACUUUUGUGAAGGUCAGGAAUUUAAUGGAGAAAACGACUGCAAGAGAGCCGUGGAACCUGAAGAUUCCCUUGGAGGACAUAGGAUCUGGGGUGCAAGCUCCCUCUGAUUUUGUUGAAGAAGACCACGACCUGGUUCUCACCCGGGAAGACAUCAAGAAGCAGGGGCUGCACCUGAUCGAAAGCAAGAUAAGAAGCAGCAAGAGGAAGUAGCGAUUGCUGCCCCAGAGCUUUUGAUGCCUCUCCUUUUCCCAGCAGGUUUAAUAGAGCAGAGCUUUCUCAUUCCUUCCAA